AGGACACAACCCACAGAGGACACUCUUCUGCCAAAGGGACAGUGCUGAAAAUCACAAAUAAAGGAGACAAUGGCAAAGAAGGUUGCAGUCAUUGGAGCAGGGGUCAGUGGCCUGAUCUCUCUCAAGUGCUGUGUGGAUGAGGGUCUGGAACCCACCUGCUUUGAGAGGACUGAAGACAUCGGAGGACUGUGGAGAUUCAAGGAAAACGUGGAAGAUGGCCGAGCUAGCAUCUAUCACUCUGUCAUCACCAACACCAGCAAAGAAAUGUCCUGCUUCAGCGACUUCCCGAUGCCGGAGGAUUUUCCCAACUUCCUGCACAAUUCUAAACUCCUGGAAUAUUUCAGAAUCUUUGCCAAGAAGUUUGAUCUCCUAAAAUAUAUCCAGUUUAAGACAACCGUCAUUAGUGUGAAAAAACGCCCAGAUUUCACAUCCUCUGGGCAAUGGGAAGUUUAUGUUCAGAGCGAUGGCAAGGAGCAACGUGCCGUCUUUGACGCAGUUAUGGUUUGCAGCGGCCAUCACAUCCAACCUCACCUGCCUCUGAAGUCCUUUCCAGGUAUCGAGAGGUUCAAAGGCCAGUAUUUCCACAGCCGCCAGUACAAGCACCCAGCUGGCUUUGAGGGGAAACGCAUCCUGGUGAUUGGAAUAGGAAACUCAGCCGCGGACAUUGCCUCUGAGCUGAGUAAGAAGGCCGCACAGGUGUUUGUCAGCACCAGACACGGUUCCUGGGUUAUGAGCCGAAUCUCUGAAGAUGGCUACCCUUGGGACAUGGUGUUUCACACUAGAUUUAACUCCAUGCUCCGAAACGUCCUGCCACGCACAAUCGUCAAGUGGAUGAUGGAACAAAGGAUGAAUCGAUGGUUCAACCAUGAAAAUUACGGUCUGGUGCCUCACAACAAAUACCUUCUGAAGGAACCUGUAUUGAAUGACGAUCUCCCCAGUCGCAUGCUGUACGGAGCCAUCAAAGUGAAAACAAGAGUGAAGGAGCUCACGGAGACGGCUGUGGUUUUUGAGGAUGGCACGGUGGAGGAAGACAUUGAUGUCAUUGUCUUUGCUACCGGGUAUACGUUCUCUUUCCCUUUCCUUGAAGACUCGCUCGUCAAAGUGGAGGAUAAUAGGGUCUCGCUGUACAAAUCCAUGUUCCCGCCUCAACUGGAAAAGCCUACCCUUGCGUGCAUUGGUCUCAUCCAGCCUCUGGGCUCCAUCUUCCCAACUGUAGAGCUUCAGGCGCGUUGGGCGACAAGAGUUUUCAAAGGCUUGUGUAGCUUGCCUUCGGAGACAACUAGGAUGGCGGACAUUGUUGGGAGGAACGAAAGAAGAAUUGACCUGUUUGGAAAAAGCCACAGCCAAAUUCUGCAGACCAAUUACAUUGACUACCUGGAUGAACUGGCCUUGGAGAUAGGUGCGAAGCCAGACUUCAUCUCUCUGUUUUUCCAAGACCCUAAACUGGCUGUGAAACUCUACUUUGGGCCCUGCAAUUCCUACCAGUACCGCCUAGUUGGACCCGGGCAGUGGGAAGGAGCCAGGAAUGCCAUCCUUACCCAGAAGCAGAGGAUCCUAAAGCCCUUGAAGAUCCGUACUCUGGAGCCUUCAUCUAACAUCCCAGCGUUUUUCCUGCUCAAAAUCUUAGGGCUUUUUGCUGUUGUUCUGGCCUUCUUUUUCCAACCUCAGGGCUUCUAA